AUGUCGAUCCGAACGCUUUUCGAGGCUGUGUUUAGCCCGGACGUCCGUGGGACUCUGCGGUCAAUCUGGGUGAAGCACGGGGGUGCCAUCGCUAAGAACAGCGCCGAAUUCUUCCGCGCUCGAUACUUCUUCUGUACAGGAUUGGAAGACGUGUGGUUUGCACAGCUGAAAGCAAUGGGCUUGAUGAUUCGGCAUGCGAGCUGGAUUUCGGUAUCAGCGGAGGAAGGGCUAGAAGCUCCAGUGUCCAAGUAUAUACUCGAUGAACGCUUUGAGGAGGAGAAGAUCCGGUCUCUUUCGGAGGGCUCACCCUCGCAUUCCUCGGCCUGCACGCAGUCAAAACCUAUGCGUAUGAUCGAAGCGUUCCCUCUAUCUCCCAAACUUGCUCCAGCCGCAAAUCCUCUCAAGCGUUCUCUGGACUCAGAGUUCCACGACCAAUCUCUCAUUGAUCUUGACCCUAGACCGUCAAAGCGCGCCCGUUUGCAUUCUUGCUCUGCUCAAGACAAAAUGCCAUCUGCCCAACUCACUGUGCCAUCCCCAUCUAGCCCCGAGCCCGUUCCCAUGUCAAGCACUCCACCGCAAACUGAUGCUUCGAUUCUGUGUUCUUCCCCAAUUCUACCCAAUGGCUCUUGUUCCAUAUUUCCUACGAACACCAUUCGCAUUUCUUCCAUCAAAUCCAAAGCUCUGUCGCUUGAAAUCUUUCCACGCCUCUCACGCCAAAAACAUCACAAGACUCAAUUCACUCGGAUCCAUUGCCGCAAGAGCUUCCAAUUCUCUGUGACUGACUUGUUGCGCAAGCCUCGUGUCCAAGCGGGUAUCUUCACACCGUUUGGACAGUUCGAAGGGAAGGCGUUCUCUUGUUAGACUACGAAUGGGUGUAGACUGAAUCCGGCCUGUCUAUCGUUAUCUUGACAUGUAUAGUACUCGGAACCCGGGGAUCAUGCGUACCGCAGUAGACGUUGUGUUACUUAUGCAUAUACUUACUUUCCAAACUAUUUAUGAGCAUCU